AUGUCUUCGACCGCGACUCCCCCUUCAACAGGGCCCUACCAACAGUCCCUUCCCAAAGGAACAGAACUCACGGCCGCCUCUGGGAGAUCCUACAUGAUUAAUGAGAUUAUUUACGAGCGGUCGAGGGGACCCCUACUCUGUUGCUUGUACCGCGCGGGCCACGAAGGAAAAGAGUAUAUACUCAAGGACAUCCUGCCAGGCGACUUCCAGUAUAAUCUGGAUCUGCAGAAACUCGUCAGCUCGGCCCAUAUCCGAACGCUUAUCGACAGCAUCCCCGAUCGCCGUAUGCUCGUAUUCCCGUUCAUUCAGUAUGACCUACAGACGAUCAACACAGCAGCAAUACCUCCCUCUACCAAGAAGAUGAUAUUGAGGGACGCUCUCGCAGGUUUAUCUGACCUGCACGAUAAGAACAUCUACCAUACAGAUAUUAAACCCUCCAAUAUCAUGAUGGACACGUUCAAGCAGAGCAACGGGACUAUCGGGUUUAGGAAUGUACAGAUCACAGAUCUGGAGGAGGCUUUUCUUAUACCUCCCAAGUCUCGAGGUCUCGGAAAGCGCCUUUCUGGGAACCCGUUCUGGAGGAGCCCCGAAGCCUGGGCAAGAGGAGCACAGCAUACCCCCGCCGACAUCUUCUCAUUCGGCAUCGUCGCUAUAUAUGUCUGGUUAGAUAGAAUGAUCCUUUACUCGGACGAGGCAAACGAAGCUGAGGACCCGUCGGAUAUGAUCCUCAGGCGCCACGUAUCUUACUUUAUCAAUGAUGUCGACGACUUCAACGGUUUCAUCGAUUACCAUGGAGGAGAGGAAGACCCCUUUGUCAACCGAUUUGGAGGGCUUCUCAUGUCGUUCAACGCCGAAGACAAGAGAGAACCCUGGACUGCGUGGCAACCGGUGGACCCGCAAUUCAAGGACCUUAUUUGCAAGAUGACCUACCUCGAUCCUCGAAGGCGGAUCACUGCCAGGGAGGCACUCCAGCACCCUUGGUUCAAUGAAUAA